UGUUGUGAUAAACUUAUUAAAUAGAUUGUCGAAUGAUAGCCAUUUGGCAUGAAAAUGCCACUGACUCCCGUCGAAAAGGUGCAUUUUAAAGGAAUGAGAAGGUUAAACUCCAGCGAAGAUAUAAACGGAGAUAACGAAAAUAUGGAGGAAACUGCUGCUGGAUCUAGUGGGGAUGUUGCAGAAAAUAAUAGCCGACAGCCGAACAUCCCUUAUGCACACAAUGUGUUUGUUGAUGAUGAACACGGGUCCGAUCCGAAACGGAAAGGAUCCGACGUAUCAGACGAUGGAAGCUACAUUUCAAGUGCUCACGAUUACUCAAAUCUAACUCUCUACCAGGUGUGUAGAACUGGUGACGUUGCUGCUCUGAAGGUUUUGUUGAGAAAAAAGAAUAUGGUCAAAUCAAUUAACGUGCUCGACAACUUUGAUCUCUCAGCUCUGCACUAUUCGGCCAAGUACAACAACUACCAAUGCGCGAGGCUGCUCAUAGCCAAAGGAGCCAGUGCCAGGGUUCUUGGCACUGACAACGCUACGCCCCUUCAUUACACGUGCAUCUACCGAAAGACAAGAAAAGCGGAGGUUGCAGAGGAGACAGACGGCGAGGAUAAAGCGGCUGUAAAGCAGAGCAGGCUGAUCCACUUGUUCUGUGGGGAUGCUAACAGACCCAGGGCAGAUGUGAACGCCAAGGACAAGUAUGGCUGCACUGCACUACACAUGGCCAGCUACAAGGGAAACAAGGCGGCAGUAGUGGAUCUGCUGCAGUGUGGGGCGGACAUAGAGUGUAAAGACUCGACUGAGAUGACGCCGUUGCACAUGGCUGCAAGCUACGGCUUUUACGAAAUCGUUCAAAUCCUUCUGGACCACGGGGCUCGGAUUUACACUCUGGACCAGGAACAGAGCACCCCAUUGCACUUGGCAGCUGCAGGAGGCCACGUGGAGAUAUGCAGGAUACUGCUGCAGGAUGCGGCCAAACAGGAUCAGAAUCUACCUAAUCAGCUUCUAUGUUCGAGUGACUGUUCCUCCCAAAUGCCUCUUCAUGUUGCCGUGGACAAAAAUUGUCUAGAGGUAGUCCAGGUGCUUUUCGAGUUCGGAGCCGAGGCACACGUUAAAAUGGAAGAAGACUUCAACUACCCGUUACACCUGGCGGCCCAAAAUGGAGUUUUGGAGAUGUUGGAGUUGGUGUACAAGUAUGCGAAGGAGCAGACACACAAGUCAGACCCUGAGAUCCUGAAUGUGAAGAACAAGAGUAUGGAAACGCCUCUGCACAAGGCUGCUUCCUUCAAUAGAGAAGUGGCUGUGCAGUUUCUGCUGCAACAUGGCUCUGACAUAGAUGCCAUAGACGAUGAGAGAUUCACGGCUCUUCUGAUCGCAGUGAGCAAGGGACAUGAAGCUGUGACAGAGGUGUUAAUGAAUGCCAAGGCUGACAUCACACUGGAGGAUGAAAAUGGAAAACACAUAUUGCAUUGGGUGGCCGAGACAGAGAGUAUACCUCUGGCCACAAAACUUCUGCAGAAAAAUAAUGUGAAAGGGAUGUUGUCAGAGCGAGACAACGUAGGUAAUACUGCUCUUCACAUCGCAGCACGAAACGGAUUGGCAGACAUGCUCCAACUGUUCUACGACCAUGGCGGCGACCUAGCUUUGAAAAACGAGGACGAAGAGACAGUUCUUCAUUUAGCAGCUGUGUACGGAAGGACAAAGACAGUGAGGUUAAUUUGUAAUUUGGAUGAUGACUUAGUGGGGUGUGAAGACGAGGACUCCAAUACGGCGCUGCAUCUGGCGGCCACGGAGGGUCACGAGAAAGUAGUGGGAUUGUUGAUUCACUAUCAGGCUGAUGUAGAGUCCAGGAACAUCUCCCAAUGGACUCCGUUGGACUGUGCCGCAGCCAAGGGCUUCACAAGGUGUGCGAGAAUUCUUCUGGAAAAUGAUGCUCCGGUAGAUGCUACUGACAAGUCCAGUAUCACACCUCUCUAUCUGGCCUGUCAGAACAACCACCCUAAAAUGGUGAAGUUGCUGCUGGAUUAUGAUGCGUCAUUGGAGAUAAGGUGUACCUCGAACGGAAAGAACCCACUGGACAUUGCGAUCGAGUCUCAGUCGAAGCAGUGCGUUGAAACCAUUCUGGACAAUGAAGAGUGGUGGCAGUUUGCCAUGCAGAACAGAACCGCUUUCAAUGACAAGGACACGGUUCAGAUCAACACGCCCAUGCGAAAACUCAUCCGUCGAAUGCCAGAGAUGGCUGUUAAGGCUUUCAACAACUGCAUCAUACCAGACAAGGUGCACGGACCAAAUGACGAAGAGUUCAGCGUUACAUUCAUUUACGAGUUCAUAGACGACGACUAUUCUAUGACUAAUUGGGUUCCGGAACCCUCUGGAACGUCGAUCGAUGGAUCUACUCUGGAGACAGCAUCAGCAAAGUCACCCGAAAACCAAAGUGACUUGGGAUCCCUGAAGGACGGAGUGUCGUUAGCUGGAGAGGCGAAGGUGUACGUUGAUGCAGAUCCUAUUUCAGGCAGAAAUCCGCAUGUUUUACCCGAGGCGAAUAAAUACGUUGAUAGCACAAAGACAUUGAUCAACAACCACCCACUAUCUGUCAUGGUAGCCCACGAAAUGUGGUACAAUGAAAGUGAACAAAAGUACAAGGUGUCGAACGAGGCAGAACAUUUACUUCAACAUCCUCUUGUACUGAUGUUGCUGAGACACAAAUGGAGCACCUUCGGUAGCUUGGUCUAUUAUGCUAAUUUGACACAGUUUCUGAUCUAUCUUAGCGUUCUAACAGGCUACAUAGUGGUCACGAAGCCGAAACACUUCUGGAAGGGAAAUGCGACUGAUCUGUAUGAUACUUUGGACGAAUACGUUAAAAAUUUCGAUGGUUCUGGCGUGAACUACAAUUCGUUCAGGCUAUUUCACAAUAUAGGGCAGUGGAUAAUAAUAGGCUUUGCGGUAUUCAACUUGUUCAAAGAGUUAUUCCAAAUCAAGGUCUACAAAAUGAGCUACUUCUUGUCGGGAACUAAUUUCAUUGAGGUCGGCUGUUUUUCCCUCGCCCUGAUACUAGUACUACCCACUGCGAUUGGUCUCAACGAAGACGACACACCCACAAACUGGCAGUGGCAGUGCGGAGCUUUGGCCAUAUUUCUCUCCUGGAUAAAUCUGGUUCUCUUCAUCCAGAAGUUCCCCAAAUUCGGCAUUUACGUGGUGAUGUUCACUGACAUCCUACUGACCUUCUUCAACUUUUUCGUCGUCUUCUUCCUCUUUAUCGUCGCAUUCGGAUUGGGAUUCUACGCGCUCCUGCAGAACCAGAACGAAUUCAGCACGGUUAUCUACUCGAUGGUGAAGACAGGUGUGAUGAUGAUCGGAGAGUUCGAGUACACCAGUAUCUUCUUUGGAGAGUACGAGUUGGAUGGCAGCUGGAAAGUGGUCACUCUCGGCUUCUUUGUCGUGUUCGCAGUGAUCAUGAGUAUCAUCACCAUGAACUUGCUAGUCGGUCUCGCUGUAGACGACAUUAAGGCGGUACAGGACACGGCUGUGUUGCAGAGGAUGGCUAUGCAGGUUGAGUUGGCGCUACAAGUGCAGCACAUUCUGCCGGAGAGAUUCAGGAAGAGAUUCAUCGUUAGACAGGAGACCAUCUUCCCCAACAAAACUAACAGGGCACUCGGGUUUUUCGAUCGCCUCUUCGGAUCAGGAAUGCUUGAUGGAGCAGCCAUUAUGAAGAGUCUCACCAUCAACCAGAAUGCUGAUCAUCCGGUCACUAGUAGACAGGAACCCCUGGAUGCGAUGAAGUCGAGACAGGAGACGAUGAUUCAUCAGCUGAAGUCGAUGGAAAAUGUGAUGCUUGAGAUGCAGAAGGCACAACAGGUAAUGCAGCAGAAUAUCAGCAGAAUCGCAGUCAAACAGGGCGUAGAAUUGAAUGAAGACGACUACGUGGGAGAAGUGGAUGAUGAUGAAGAUUGAAGAUACGUUUAUAAAUAAUUGUUCACCAACUAAAUCGAACAAAUAGUCUCAAUAAUCAUGAUAAAAUAUCACUGCAAAGAAAUUUGAACUCGGGAAAUAUAAUUGGACCAAAGAAAAAGAAGCAAUGAUUUGACUGAAGGAAAAUCUAAAGAACGCUAAGAACUGUUAACAGGGUUACAGAGGGAAUAUCAGAAGUUAAAAUCAAAACACCUUAUUAAUAAAUAACUUGUGAUAAUAUGCUUAUUUGCACAUUCAUAUCUAGGAGGAGUAACAUUAAAGACGAAGAAAACAGGUGGAAUAUCUUUCUUUUCAGUUUUCUAGACGCCAAAAUAAUGCACAUUCGACUGUUUAAUUCAAUGCACAGCUUGGUAAAAUUUUUUAUAUCGUUAGUAUCUUGAACUAACUUGACUGUUGUAAUCUAGAAUUGUUAUCUUUGUUUCUGCAAUUUCAAGCUAUGAUUUAUGUUUUUUUAGUAUCAAAAUGAAAAAAUUUUAAUUGUGUAUAGAUUUCUCAAUCAUUCAAAAUUGUGGUAAAAAUAGUUGGUGAAAAUAGUUUUCAAUUCCGGAUGCCUUAAUUAAAAUUGCUCAAUUG